AUGUCCAAGAAGUUCGGUCGCCUUACAUCGGGGCCUUGGGGCAGGCUCAAGCCCGUGGAUCAAGAGUCGCUCGACAGCAUGGGCCUGGUCUCGAAAGGCGAUGAUCGACUGAAAGACGAAAUCACACAAGAGAAGUACUUUCGUAAGAUCAUGGAGAAGUACAUGAUCUUCUGCGUAGAUGCUGCAACAGGUGACGAGCUGAGCCGACGAUUCGCAGCUCUGGAGUUGUUGGCAGAUCCGGAGAACACCAGGGCACUUUCGGACAUUUUGAUGGCUCUCCGAAAGCUGCGUGAAGGUAUAGUAGCCUCGAAGCGGGUCGAUGAUUUCGCGAACCAAGCCUAUCUUUUCUGCGUCCGGUUGAGCAUACUCGUUCGCCAUCCUGAGUCGUACCAUCCCGCCAUACUGUGGCUCCUUCAAUGGCUUCACCCGCAAAAUGCUCUCGAGUCCAUGACAAAAGAGGAAAUUGUUGGUUAUCUCGUUCUCGACACAGCAUGCCGUAGAAAGGAGCUCACAGAGGCGUUCAUUCUCGCCAAGAAGUAUCAAUUGAGGAGUGCCAAGGUCUACGCCGUGCUCCACGCACUUGUCCAUGACAACUGGGUCCGCUUUCGGAAGCUCAAGGGUGAGGUGGACGGUCACAAAGCAAGGAUCAUGGAGUUUGCGGAGAACGACAUGCGAAUCACGACACUGAAGGCUUUUGGGAGGACAUACAUGAGCGCAAUGACAGACAAAACGUGGCCCGAAAUACAGAAAGAGGAUGAAUGUGGCUGGCAAAGAGAAGGAGAUUUGAAGAAGCAGAAGACCUCAGAAGAAGGCCGCGGCGCAUCUUCGGCGCUCCUCAGCGAUUCUCGAGCCGGGUGGCUUAUUAAAAGCGCUGAACAAUCUAUAGAUCUUAUUGCCAGCGGCGAAGUCCUUGUGGCUCAUCGAGAUAUCCUCACAUGCUGCUCCGAGUAUUUCAAACGUUGCUUCGAAGAUACAUGGGUCGAAGGCCAGAGAGGAUCGGUUACAUUCGAUGAUAUCGACCCGAAAUAUCUAGCACUUUUCAUCGGCCUCGCAUAUUCGCAUUCUUCGAUCGUCUCGCUGACGCCUCCCACUCCGCAAACCGACCCACAACCAAGCAACAAACGCACUCCGAUCAAAGACCUCAUUGAGGUUCAUAAGCUGUGUGAUCGGUUCAUCUGCCUAGCGCUGGCCGAUUAUAUAGUUGGCUGCAUAUAUACGUGCAUCAGCGACGCGCACCGCACGCUUUUUCGCUUCCAGCUUGACACAGCACACCAGAAGGCUGUGAUGCGUGAGUUUGCAGAUGCAUACGAGCCGUUGGGGAACGGGGCUGUCCAUAAGGCGAUAGCCUCGACACUGAUACAGUACUUCUGUGAGGGAGUCAGUUUUGAGGCUUGGGAACAACACGUCGAUGAGAUUGCGGAUAGAAUGACAUUCGUGGUUAGAGUCUCACAAGAAUUUGCCAGAAAGCUCAAAACGCAAGUCGACGGAAGGAAGAUGAAGCGACGAGAGCUCAAAGCGGCGGAACAGUAA